CGCCCCCGAGUGUACGCGAGACACAUCGCUUCUUGCUCUCCAGUCCCAGUUACUACUCCCAUCAGAGCGUGAACAUGGCGGAGGGCGAAUUGAACGUGGACAGCCUCAUCUCUCGCCUUCUGGAAGUGAGGGGAUGUCGCCCAGGCAAGAUCGUGCAGAUGACCGAGGCGGAGGUGCGGGGCCUGUGCAUCAAAUCCCGCGAGAUCUUCCUCAGCCAGCCCAUCCUGCUGGAGCUCGAGGCCCCGCUCAAGAUCUGUGGUGACAUCCACGGGCAGUACACGGAUCUGCUGCGUCUUUUCGAGUAUGGCGGCUUCCCCCCGGAGGCCAACUACUUGUUCCUUGGUGACUACGUGGACCGAGGCAAGCAGUCACUGGAGACCAUCUGCCUGCUGCUGGCCUACAAGAUCAAGUACCCGGAGAACUUCUUCCUGCUUAGGGGCAACCACGAGUGCGCCUCCAUCAACCGCAUCUACGGCUUCUACGACGAGUGUAAGCGCAGGUUCAACAUCAAGCUGUGGAAGACCUUCACAGACUGCUUCAACUGCCUGCCCAUUGCCGCCAUCAUCGACGAGAAGAUUUUCUGCUGCCAUGGAGGACUUUCACCAGACUUGCAGUCAAUGGAGCAGAUCCGCAGGAUUAUGAGGCCAACAGAUGUGCCUGAUACAGGUUGUGUAUUGUGCCUGCUGUGCGACCUUCUUUGGUCUGACCCGGACAAGGACGUGCAAGGCUGGGGGGAGAACGACCGCGGCGUCUCGUUCACCUUCGGUGCCGACGUGGUCAGCAAGUUCCUCAACCGCCACGACCUGGAUCUCAUCUGCAGAGCCCACCAGGUUGUGGAGGAUGGAUACGAGUUCUUUGCCAAACGCCAACUGGUCACGCUCUUUUCGGCGCCCAACUACUGCGGGGAGUUCGACAACGCCGGCGGCAUGAUGAGUGUGGACGAAUCGCUCAUGUGCUCCUUCCAGAUCUUAAAGCCCUCGGAGAAGAAGGCCAAAUAUCAGUACGGGGGGGUCAAUUCCGGUCGGCCUGUCACUCCUUCCCGCACCACUCAGGCCCCCAAGAAGAGGUGAACGUUGAGCCUUGUAACCCUCCCUCCCCCGAUGGAUACACACAGCCUCUCACCAAGCAUCCCCGCCCUCUCCUUCCGCUGUAUAGCACAGAUACAGUGGAACCUCCAAAGUUGAAGUUUAAAUUUCCUAACGGUUGUUUCCAUAGGAAGUAAUGUAAAGUGAAUUCAUUAAUACUCUCAAGAUGAGCGAUACCUAUUCUAUUAUGGAAGUGUUGUGAAGUGUAUUUACGUUAGCCUGGUAACCUUGAUCAGUGUUAUGUAAUUGGUAUUUGAUUACUUGUCGCUCAUUUACUACUGAGCAGGCUUAACCCUGUGUGGCAAUAGGUUUUCAUUUCUUGUUCUCUGGUAUCAUCACGAAAAUAAAAAUGUGUAUAAUCUAAUCACAGAUGCUCACUGAGCUAAACUUUAACAUAAGUUCCCCUGAGGAGGUUCCACUGUACUAAACUCUCAAUUUUUUCCACUGACAAUAACCCAACCCCACUGACAGCUCUUUUCUUAAUGUGUAGGCGUACAUAAAAUUGCUGUGACCAAUCUGUUUAUUUACACUUACAUUGUUUGCCUGUUUGUUAAUAUUUUGACAAUAUUAACACACAUUGUCGUGGAGGGGAGAAAAUUCUCUAAUUGGUGUCGUUUUGCCGAGUGAGCGUCUCCCGUUUAGCCGAUAUUCCAGCUGGACCGUAUAAACGCGCUACGUACAUGCGUAUUACAGGACAUAUAUUUAAACCGCUACCGACGCAUGACAUCUCCCUCGUGAGUUGGGAAGAAAAUGAAGAGACCGGUGUUAUGAAAGGUUGAACUUUCCGCGCUCCAGACAUGGAUUCCACUGUGCCUCCACUUAGAAAUAUUCCACAGAUUCAGUGGAACCUCCGACGUCGACAAUGUUAACUUAGAAAAUCAAUGUCUCGUUAAAACCUUUGAACAUAACACACAUAACUCUCCCUAUGAACAGUCUAUAGUCGGCGGCUAGGUAGCUAGAAGCUAACCUGGUCGUCGCCUUCACUCGGUGUUGCUACUUGUCAAACAGCGCAAGCAGAUGGGACUCAAAUGCAUGACACCAGUAACAUAUCCGGCUCAUAUCCAGAUCACAGUCCUCUGUUUACAAAAUACUUCUGGUUGAGAGUCCAGUCUUGGUGGCAAGUUGCGAGAUAUUAACGCUGGAGUCUGGCUGUGAAUCCAGUCCUGGUGGCAAGCUAGCUAUAAGUUAACUUGGCUUUCAGAAUCUUCACACAGCGCUCCAUCUUGUCAAACAGCACAAACUGAAGGAGUCGAAUGCACGAGACCCAUUGCAGAGGCUCCACAGUGCUGUUGUUUGCCAAAGAGAUGAGACUCGAAUGCGUGAUCACAAUCCGAAAAGAUCCAAAUGCUUUGCUCACAAAAAAUUCUGGCCAAGAGUCCAAUUUCAGUCUAUAUCUCACUCAGUACUUCUUCUUGCCAAACAGAUUUCAAAUGUACGACCCCAGUCGCAGAAGAUCCAAAUCGGAAUUCUUUGUUCACAAAAAGUUGGUCAAUAAUAGCGGAUGCUGCAUAGAAUCGAAUCUUGCCAGCUAGCUUGCUAGUCACUCAAUAAGCCUUAUUUUGAAACAUCACAAACAGACACUAGUCACAAAAUAUGUUGGUCAUUCCCGCUGCUCGACUUUAGAGGUUCCACUGUAUAUGUUUUUUGUCAUAUCAGGAUUGUUUCCUUUUUUUUUUUUUUUUUUUUUUUUUUAAAUGGUGAAACAUGACAACAAAUUCUUUGAAUUUUUCACUGAUGGUCAGUAUUUUUACUUAUUUUGAACAGAGAUGUGCAGCGUGUUUAGCAUGUACGUUUUUUUCUAUGAAUAAGUGCUUGAACCAGCUUGUGGAUUCCUGUCUGUUUAAAAAGAAUGUUAACUGGUAAAAUAAAUCAUACGAGAUGACACAAAAUGGCAUUUUUUGGGAGCUUUGAAGCCAAGUGUUCUCCUUUCAUCCCACUUCUCCUCCUCCUCCUCACAUCUUUUUGGAGUAUGAUGACUGGCAGAGUGGGAGUGGGCGUUGGCUGGCACCUGACCUGGCAUUGCUAUUGUGAUUGUGACGCCACCUGGUGUUUAGAUGCAGUGUACCACAGUAUAUAUCUGCUCUGUUGGGAAUUCUGUGCUUGUUUUUGUUUUUCCUCUUUUCACAAACUUUUUUAUUUAUUUCCUAAUAAUAAUGACGACAUGAAAUGAGUGAGGUGUUAACCCAGUUUUGCAAUUUGUACGAGUUUGAAAGUCAAUAAAUGGAUGGAAACUCAAAAACGUC